UCCUCCUGCUCCUUCCGGUCGUCAUGGCGACGGGGCGCCUUGGGGUAGAAGAGACUCUGGGGGCCCUUAACGCGGCCCUGGGACCUGGCGGCCCCGUGUGGUUCAAGGAGACGCGCUCCCGCCACCUACGUGCCCGCGACUUCCUGGCGCCGCGGCGGGCGCUGGAGGCGCGCUUCGGGGACGGACAGGUGCCCGAGCGUGUGUUCCAUGCGGUGAGCGACCUGCAGGGCCCCGGCGUGGCUCCCGUGCUGCGCUGCGCUCCGACCCCCGCAGGCCUAGCGCUCCAGCUGCAGCGGUCGGCUGUCUUCGAGCGCGUGCUCGGCGCCGUGGAGGCCUAUGCUGCGCCCGCCGCACCCGCCACGCCGGGCCCGCGCGUCCUCCUCCACUGCUCGGCGCUGCGUGCCGCCCCCUGCGCGCUCCGCCUGAGCCAGCUGCGGGUGAUACUCGUGGCCGAUCACCUGGCGCGAGCUCUGCAUGCUCACGGGGUGAGUGUGCGCCUAGUGCCCGCUGUGCGGGAUCCGCACAUGUCGACCUUCCUGCAGCAGCUGUGGGUGGACUGGCCUGCUACCUCGGAGCGAGCCGAGACCGAAUCCUUGAGGAGCCGCGCACUGGCAGAGCUUAGCCCUGCCGAUGACAGGGGAGCCCUGCCCCCUGGCGUUCUGGGCAGUGUGUGCCUGAAGAAUCUGUUGGAAGAACGGGGACGCGCAGCUGGCUAUGACCCCAAUCUGGACAACUGUCUGGUGACUGACGAUUUGCUCUCCGUGCUGGCUGAGCUGAGGGCAGCCCUGCUGCACUGGCCUGAGGCCGGUGCCGACAGCUGCAUGGUGGUACAUGUGGUGAGCUGUGAGGAGGAGUUCCAGCAACAAAAAUUGGACCUGCUUUGGUGGAAGCUGGAUGAUCAGGCUCCUCUCAUACAGAAGCACCUGGUCUGUGGCUCAGUGAAAGUAGCUGGUACACCCGGCACCCUGACUGCCCCCGAGUACUACGAGCUCCGGCACAUGCAGGUCUGCAAGGCCUCGGCACUGAAGCACAGCAGGGACCUGACAGAAGACCCAGCCUGGACAGAAACCUUCAGGGUUCUCUCUGUGGCGACCAUCAAGUUUGAGAUGCUCAGCACAGCCCCGCAGAGUCAGCUCGUCCUGGCCCUGGCGGACAGCAGCAUUUCCACAAAGGGCACCAAGAGUGGCACCUUUGUCAUGUAUAAUUGUGCCCGUCUGGCCACUCUCUUUGAGGGUUACAAGCACAGCAUGGAACAAGGUCUGUACCCCCCUUUUCCACCUGUGAGCAGUCUGGAUUUCUCACUGCUCCACGACGAGGGUGAGUGGCUGCUGCUGUUCAACAGUAUCCUCCCCUUCCCAGCCGUGCUGAGCCAGGCGGCGGCCCUGGACGGCACUGCCGCAGGGCUGCACAUCGCGGCGCGAACGGAGAUGGUGUGCAAGUCCCUGGUGAAGCUCAGCAUGGACUUCAGCUCCUACUACAACCGUGUACACAUCCUAGGGGAGCCUCGGCCACACCUGUUCGGUCAAAUGUUUGCCCGUCUGCAGCUUCUGCGGGCCGUGCGUGAAGUGCUCCACACUGGCCUGGCCUUGCUAGGUCUCCCGCCGCUGAGCCACAUCUAAGGCUACAGAGGGGCCAAUGUUUGGGAAUGUUCACGAAGUCAUCAACUGAGGAAAAAAGAAACCCCACAGGUUUUGUUAGAGGCCCAGAGCCAAAAUAAAGCGUUCCGAAGCUC